CCUUCGACGAAGGUCUGCUUUGGGAUAAUGUAGCCUCAGGCUCGGCAUGAAGCUCGACUGCUCCAUGCAGGUUCGAAAUCCGGCUAGUAAAAAGUCAUUGUCCCACUAUUCUCAGCUAGAGGAUCUGCGAAUCUGACAUUCUCGAGAGAAAGCGACUUCGGAACCCGAUGCAAAGAUCCGCCUGAGAUUCGAUUUGCAGGUUCGGGAAAGUAAACUGUGGCCGAUCCGACAAGGGAGUGAGUGAGUCAUUUGCUUCUGACCCUCCCCUGAAUUGUAGAGGAUUACGUCCGUCAAAAUAUCAGACUCGAGUGAAUGAUCGAUCAGCUAUGCCGCGCUAGAAGAGAGAGGUUUCUACAUAGUGUGGGAUUCUCGGGUGGUGGCGUAGUGUGGAAUUUGGCGCUGUAAGAGGGUUGAAGGCUGCUUGGAGUCGAUAACGAUUGGGUAGGCCAUGGAGGCCUGUGUUGCGUCAGUUGUAUCUGGACCGUGUACUCUCGGCGGAGUGAGGAGGAGCAAUGGUCUGCUUCCGUUGCGGAAUUCCAGGAAUUUGGUCGCGCGUGCAGUUGCCACUCCUGCUACUGAGAGCUCGGAGGACCGUGGAGGGGCUCAAGUGAGCAACGAAUUCCCUCAAACUUCAGGACAGGAGUCUUUAAGGCUUGAGCCUGCCAAGAAAUUGAAAAAAAAGUCGUCACAGUGGUCGACUGGAAAUGCUCCUGGAGAAUAUGGAGGCCCUCCGCUGGAAACAGGACUCCGGAAAAUGUGGGGUGGUGAUAAUUCAGACCCGCUUCAAUCCGAUGGCGAGUAUAUCUGGAAGAAAAAAUGGCAGCCUUAUGUCGAAACUCCUCCCGCGGAAAUGGUCCCGCCUGCAGCCGUGAAGGACAAGGAACCAGAUUCGGGCUUUCUCAGUCUUAACAGAGCAAUUGCACUGGACAGUAUGGAUGUGGAUCUGAGUAAGGAGUUGAUGCGCCCAUCCAAAGCCACACUCGAACGGCAAGUUCAAGAGGCCCGCAAUGUUGAGGCUGCAGCAGAGCAGAGAUUGCAAAAGGAGAAGGUGAAGUGGCGUUUUGCCCCUUCCAAACGCGAGGAGAUUAGGUGGACGUCAGCUCGGAAAGCCACCACGGGAGGCAUGGAAAAAAUGGCCCGUGAGCUCGGACGGAAGCAAAUAGACCCUAAGGUAGCUGCAGAGGCGGAAAGGAUUCGCUACCUAAAGCUCAAGCGAGAUCUUCAAAUUACCACGCUUGUCAUUGGAGGAUUAUCGGCUGUGGGUACUUACUUUGCGUAUUCACCACAAAUUGCUGCAAGCUAUGGAGCAGGGCUGGUAGGUGCACUGGUUUAUGUCCGUAUGCUGGGAAGUAGUGUUGAUUCAAUUGGAGCGCAGGAUGCAGGAUCAGCGGCAAGAGGAGCUUUGGGACAACCACGACUGUUGGUACCUGUUGUCCUUGUGAUGGUCUACAACCGAUGGAACGCGCUAGCGGUGCCCGAAUUGGAUGUUAUGAGUUUGCAGCUCAUUCCCAUGCUUGUGGGGUUCUUUACAUACAAAGCGGCUACUUUAGUGGAGACAUUCAAAGAACUACUGCCGAACCAGGCUGAAGAAAGUCUUUGAAUUACAGAUUUAGAACAAUCAUUUGUCGAACUUUUAUCACCUACCAAAACGAGUAAAAUUUGUCAGAUAGACCUUCACCGGCAUUUACUUCUAGUUACAGUUGCCUCAAGGUGCACACAUUGUUUCGUUGUACAUAUAGUGCGUGACAUGGUCGCGAUCCCCCUUCCAAUCGAUGCCGGCACUUUCUCGUGAUUUGCAUGUAGGCUAGAUUGCAUCCGGAUCAAAACAAUGAUACCAACUUUUCUGGUCUCAGUGUAAAACUCUGCCACUUAAAACUUUCAUCUUUCAGUUGCUU